CAAAAAGUAAUAUGGCCGUUGGAAUGGCGUCAUAAAUAGUUUCUGACGUUGUUUAUAUUUGCCUAAGAGGAUACUUGAUUUAUAAUUUAUACGGUAGCUUAAUCGUAUAUUGUGUUGAGUACAAUGUAAUUGCAUUAAAUUGUGAACAAAAGGAUCUAUUGAUAUAAUGUUUUAGAGUUCCCAAAAACAACAAUGUCAAACAACACUGUCGGCUCUUCGGGGCAUGCUCCCGGCAAAAUACGUGGGCCUGGAAGACCACCUAAACGUACAUGUACGUGGUGUGCUGAAAGUAAAACGCCUUUAAAAUAUGUAUUGCCUACUGAGAAUGGUAAAAAAGAGUUUUGUUCUGAGACCUGUCUUUCCGAAUUUAGACAGGCUUAUAGCAAAGGUGCCUGUCUUCACUGCGACAAUGUCAUUCGAGGUAAUGCGCCAUCGAGUAGUAAGAACUUUUGUUCUACAUAUUGUCUGAACAAAUAUCAGAAGAAAAAUGAAAAACGAACAAGUUCUCCACAGUCUGGUAAUGGGGCAAAUGGAUCUGAAAAUCCCUCCAACAACAACACAACGGGAUCUUUUUACGAUAUAUUUCAGUCUUUCGACUGGACUGAAUACAUGAAGGAGACAAACAGCACAGCAGCACCUCAGGAAUGUUUUAAACAAGCACCGGUUCCACCACUGAAUGAUUUCAAAGUGAACAUGAAAUUGGAAGCCUUAGAUCCACGAAAUUUGACUUCUACUUGUAUCGCAACAGUGGUAGGCGUUUUAGGACCGCGGCUCAGAUUGAGAUUGGAUGGAAGUGAUAAUAAGAAUGAUUUUUGGAGACUUGUUGAUGCGGGUGAUAUUCACCCAAUAGGGCAUUGUGAGAAGAAUGAUGGAAUGCUUCAACCUCCACUUGGAUUUCGUAUGAAUGCUAGCAGUUGGCCAAUGUUUUUGCUCAAAACUUUAAAUGGUGCAGAGAUGGCUCCACCGAAAGUAUUUCAGGCUGAGCCUCCAACACCUAAAUCAAAUCUGUUUGUUGUUGGACAAAAACUGGAAGCAGUUGAUAAGAAGAAUCCACAACUAAUUUGCUGUGCUACUGUUGGAGCUGUGAAGAAUGAUCAGAUUCAUGUAACAUUUGAUGGAUGGCGUGGUGCUUUUGAUUACUGGUGUAGAUAUGAUUCAAGGGAUAUAUUUCCUGUUGGUUGGUGUGCUCGAGCUGGUCAUCCUCUGCAGCCACCGGGACAAAAAAGUGCUACUACUCCAUCAAGGUUUAAACUGCGGCCUAUAGGUAUGGCCAAUCCAGCUUUACCAGAAGGUGGUUCCACUGGUGGUACAAAUUCCACUAAUCCAAGCCCACCAACACCUUUAGCUCCUGUGCAUUUACAUAUCCGCAAUAGUUGUUCCGGUGGCAGUACAGUUCUGCCGAACACGGUCACCGGUUUAGGACCAUCUGGCGUUGCAGAGGCUCUCGCUAAAGAACUGCUAGGCGUUCACCCAGACCCCCAGAGGCUAACAAGGGCAAUGUUGACCGCAUCUAGUGGUUAUUCCAAUGUGACUACAGUACAGGUUUCCACUGGAAGCAAGACUCAUACAGUUAAAGUGCCAUCAGAUCUUACAAAUGAUGAGCUCAAGAACUGGCUGAAACUGUUCUGUGUUGGGAUGAGCUGGUGCGUUGGCAUGAUUGAAGUGGACACAGGAGAGGCUGCUGUGCGGCCCUGCACACUGUGCGGCGAGUCAACUUCUAAUGGGGUAUCAUCUGCUGUUAAAAGACCUGUUAAUGACUUGCCUGUAGAAAGUGGUGUUAAUGGAUUGGGCGAGACCUCCACUGUGAAGAUGGCUCGCGUGUCCCCUGAGCGGCCGGAGCCAGCUUCAUCGACCACGGGCGCUCCGCCGCCGCCCUCGCCCGCCACACCCCCUGGCGACUGGUCCGUCGAAGAUGUCAUCGGGUUCAUUGCCGCAGCUGACCAAGCCUUAGCUGCCCAUGCUGAUCUCUUCCGUAAACAUGAAAUUGAUGGGAAAGCACUUCUGUUGUUGAAUUCUGAUAUGAUGAUGAGAUAUAUGGGCCUUAAAUUGGGACCCGCUCUAAAGAUAUGUAAUUUGGUGUCCAAGAUUAAAAAUCGCCGCAAUUUUAAUCCCUAACUAGACCCAACUCUUACUGAAUCUUGGAACCGUCAGUUACUAUUUAUGCUAUCCAAGAAUACAUCUCAUUUACUAUCACAUCGCCGUAUUAAAAUUAAAGUGGUUAAAUAAAGCAUAUUCAAUGUAAUGAAUGUAUGAAUGAUGGAAUAUAAGCAUAAUGACGGACAUUCAGUAGGAAUUAUAUAUGUAUUUUUAUUUAUAUUGAAAAUAAUUUGAUAAUGACGCAAAUUAUGAUACACAGCAUUGAGCAAUUUAUACGCCAAUAUCGUAUUUUAUGUAAGAUGUAUAUUACUUUGUAGUCACAUGUAUAUAGGCGUUACGAAUGAGUGGAAAUGCAUUUAAUGUAGUCAGUACUCAUUUUACAUAAUAGACUAUAAAAAUAAAUUGUUAAUUACGCCGGCUUUAUUGUUAGGUAUUUGGAUUGUAUAUACAUAUUUUAUUAUUAUCGGCUAGUCGUAUUUUUUCAAGAUGUCGCCUAAACACCAUUCCAUAAAUGGUUUAAAAUAUUCAUUCACAUAGUUGCGUUUAUAUUGCAUGGAUUAUAUACUUUAUUUUAUGUGUCCAAUAUAAUUUGCCAAACAAGUUCCAAUAUUUGCCAGUUCUUUUUUCUAUAGCAAUUGUAUUAUGUUCUCUAAACAUAUUAUUUGCCUAACAUCUGACGUCAUUAGACCCAUGUGUUAUUGGACACGUGUAGUAUAAUGGGAUUCAAAUAAGAAUGUGUAUGAAGCAACGCUAUAGCUGUGCAAUCAGAUAAAUAAGAUCAGUAAAACAGAUAUAUUUAUAAUAUUUUUUUUUUAUUCAGAAUAUCCCAGAUAAAAAAGUUUACGAAAAUAUUUUUCGUGCGGUUUUUGAGAUCUCAAAGUCUUAUACGCAUAUUAUUUUAAACGCAUUAUAAAUAUUAAGUUUUUAUUCAUUAUCAAUUCAAUAAAUUUUUUAUUUUAUUACUUUGUCAACUUUCUUAGACAUUGUUAUACUUAUGGUUAUUCUUUUUUAUGACAAACUUCAUAUUUACCUAUUAAUCUAUAUAAUUCAAUAUUUAUUUAUCGUUAAAUGAUCAGAAUACUUCACAUGUAAAUUAAAUGUCACGUUUUACCUCUAAACAGCUUUGUUCUAAACGUGACUUUUUUCUUUACGGAAAUUACUUUUUAAUGAUUCUUAUCUAAAUUAAACUGAGUUUGAAUUGUAUAAGCGUAGUAGUCAAAGUAUAAAAGGAAAUACUAUAGAAAUAAUAUAGUUACAAAAUUGCCGGAAAAUCUUUCCAAAACCUGGUCCAUAACUAUUUCAUUACCCUACUAAGUAAACUUUGCUUUUAAGUAGUUGCUAUUUAGGCUACUCGCGUUUUUAAAACAGUGUAAGGGUUUGUGGAGGUUCCUCUUAUCAAUCUACAAUAUUUUUUCUAAUAGUAGUACUAUUAUAUUUCCGCAGGCAUAAUUGCCUGUCUUAAGUAUAUGUUAGUAGAUCGUGACUGUGUGAGUGAAUGUUUUAUUCGACCAACAAAUUAAUUUCCUGUGUACAAAUGUAGAUUAGGGUCUUAGUGCCUUCCAAUAUAUAGGUGUACUUAAACAGAAGUCAUUUUAGCAAUUCA